CCCAGGCUUGGCCGAGCGGAGCGGCGGCGGCUGCAGCUGGCGGCGGGGCCGGCGGCCCGCGAGACCCGGAUGUGACCGCUGCCAGCCGGGCCGGCGAGUGGAGCCGGGGAGGGGGAGAGCGGCGGCGGCCCUCCUCCCGGUGGGCCGCGAGGGAAACCUGAGGGGAGGGGAGGCUAUGCAGCCGCCUCAGCCGCCCCCCUACGAGUUCCUCAGCGACGAGAACGGGCAGAAAUGGCGGGGGCUUCUCGUGCCAGCCCUGCUCAAGGUUCAGCAGCAAGUCCACCCCAACCUGUCGGCCAAGGAAGAUUCCCUCUACUACAUCGAGGAGCUGAUCCUGCAGCUGCUGAACAAGCUAUGCAUCGCGCAGCCACGGACUUUUCAAGAUGUGGAGGAACGAGUUCAAAAGACCUUUCCUCACCCAAUUGACAAGUGGGCCAUUGCUGACGCGCAGUCCGCUAUCGAGAAGCGGAAACGAAGAAGCCCUCUCCUGCUGCCUGUGGACAAAAUACAUCCGUUGUUAAAGGAAGUUCUUGGUUACAAAAUAGAUUAUCAGGUAUCCCUUUACAUUGUGGCUGUCUUGGAAUAUAUCUCAGCGGACAUCUUAAAAUUGGCUGGCAACUAUGUCUCCAACAUACGUCACUUUGAGAUCUCCCAACAAGACAUUAAAGUAUCCAUGUGCGCCGACAAGGUGCUGAUGGAUAUGUUUGAUCAGGAUGACAUUGGCUUGGUUUCUCUCUGUGAAGACGAGCCCUCUUCUUCUGGUGAACUGAACUACUAUGAGAUCGUCAGGACAGAAAUUGCGGACGAAAGGCAGUACCUGCGGGAGCUGAAUCUUAUCAUAAAAGUAUUUCGAGCUGCUUUCCUAUCUAACAGGAAGUUGUUCACGUCUUGUGAUGUGGACAUGAUAUUUAGCAACAUCACAGACAUCCACGAGUUGACGGUGAAGCUGUUGGGGCUGAUCGAGGACACCGUGGAGAUGACUGACGAAAGCAGCCCCCACCCUCUUGCUGGCAGCUGUUUUGAGGAUCUGGCGGAGGAACAAGCCUUUGACCCUUAUGAGACCUUGUCCCAAGACAUCCUUUCAUCCCAGUAUCAUGAACACUUCAAUAAUUUGAUGGCGAAACCCGCAGUGGCUUUACACUUCCAGUCAAUCGCUGACGGCUUUAAAGAAGCAGUCCAGUAUGUCCUCCCACGGCUGAUGCUCAUUCCUGUUUAUCAUUGCUUCCACUACUUUGAAUUAUUACAGCAAUUGCAAGAAUGUAGUGAAGACGAAGAGGACUGCGAAUGCUUGAAACAAGCCAUUACAGCUCUGCUCAAUCUCCGGUGUAGCAUGGAGCGGAUUUACAGCAAACACUCGCCGAGGCGCAGGCCUGGAGAUCAGGUCUCUUGGUUUUACAACCGCCAAGUAAGAAGCAAGCACCUGGCUAUUAAAAAAAUGAAUGAGAUCCAGAAGAGCAUCGACGGCUGGGAAGGCAAAGAUAUCGGCCAGUGCUGCAAUGAGUUCAUCAUGGAAGGGACCCUGGUGAAAGUCGGAGCCAAACACGAGCGGCACAUCUUUCUUUUUGACGGCCUGCUGAUCAGCUGCAAAGCGAACCACGGCCAGUCCCGCCUCCCAGGCUACAGCAGCACCGAGUACCGGCUCAAAGAGAAGAUCGUCAUGAGGAAGGUCCACGUGGUCGACAGGGACGACGCGUGCGAGUGCCGGCACGCCUUUGAGCUGGUCUCCAAGGAUGAGAACUGCACUGCGUUUGCCGCCAAGUCCGCCGAGGAGAAGAACAACUGGAUGGCCGCGCUGAUCUCCCUCCAGUAUCGCAGCACCCUGGAUCGGAUGCUGGACGCGGUCCUCUUGCAGGAGGAGAAUGAGCAGCCCUUGCGGCUGCCCAGCCCAAGCGUCUAUCGCUUUGCAGUGGAGGACUCGGAGGAGAACAUCGUCUUUGAAGACAACCUUCAGAGCAGGAACGGCAUCCCCUUGAUCAAAGGCGGCACAGUGGUGAAGCUGAUUGAGAGGCUGACGUACCACAUGUAUGCAGAUCCUAAUUUUGUACGCACUUUUCUUACAACAUACCGCUCUUUCUGUAAACCACAAGAACUCCUGGAGCUGUUGAUAGAACGCUUUGAAAUCCCAGAGCCUGAGCCCACGGAAGCAGAUAAAUUGGCGAUAGAGAAAGGAGAGCAGCCUAUCAGCGCAGACCUGAAAAGGUUUCGCAAGGAAUACGUCCAGCCAGUGCAACUCAGGGUGUUAAAUGUGUUUCGACACUGGGUGGAGCACCAUUUUUAUGAUUUUGAGAGAGAUCAGGAGCUGCUCGACAGACUGGAAGUGUUCAUUUCAGGUGUCAGAGGCAAAUCCAUGAAAAAGUGGGUGGAGUCCAUCGCGAAGAUCAUCCGAAGGAAGAAACAAGCUCACGCAAACGGCGUCAACCACAACAUAACGUUUGAGAACCCCCCACCACCCAUUGAGUGGCACAUCAGUCACCAGUGUGAGACGUUUGAUCUCAUGACGCUGCACCCCAUCGAGAUCGCCCGGCAGCUGACUCUCCUGGAAUCUGACCUGUACAGAGCUGUUCAGCCAUCAGAACUUGUUGGGAGCGUGUGGACGAAAGAAGAUAAGGAAAUUAAUUCCCCUAAUCUACUGAAAAUGAUCCGGCACACGACCAACCUGACUCAUUGGUUUGAAAAGUGUAUAGUGGACACAGAGAACUUUGAAGAGCGCGUGGCCGUGUUGAGCCGGAUUAUAGAGAUUUUGCAAGUUUUCCAAGACUUGAAUAACUUCAAUGGUGUGCUGGAGAUAGUCAGUGCAAUCAAUUCUUCUUCUGUGUAUCGGUUGGAGCACACCCUUGAGGCAUUACAGGAGAGAAAAAAGAAAAUUUUGGAUGAAGCUGUUGAGUUGAGUAAAGAUCACUUUAAAAAAUACCUGGCUAAGCUGAAGGCAAUCAACCCGCCCUGUGUGCCUUUCUUUGGAAUAUACUUAACUAAUAUUCUACAUACCGAAGAAGGGAAUCCUGACUUCCUUAAAAGACAAGGGAAAGGAUUAAUCAACUUCAGUAAGAGGAGAAAAGUGGCGGAGAUCACGGGAGAAAUCCAGCAGUAUCAAAAUCAGCCUUACUGUUUACGGGUCGAACCAGAAAUACAGAGGUUCUUUGAAAAUCUCAACCCUAUGGGAAAUGUUCCUGAGAAAGAGUUUGUGGACCACCUGUUCAACAAAUCCCACGAGAUUGAGCCUCGUAACUGCAAGCAGCCCCCGAGAUAUCCUAGGAAAACCACCUAUUCUCUGAAAUCUCCUGGAAUACGGCCCAACACAGGCAGGCACAGCUCCACGUCUGGCACACAGCGGGGCCACCCAACGCCUCUGGAAAAGGAGCCGUAUAAGAUCAGUUUCAGCAGAAUCACCGAAGCGGAACAGGAGUCGGCGGCCUCGGCUCCAACCUCCCCAAACAUCCCCUCCCCCCCGCCGGCGUCUGCCUCCUCGGAGCUCAGCGUGUUCCUGGAUAUCGAUCUCAACAGCUCUUAUGGCAGCAACAACAGCAUCUUUGCACCUGUUCUUUUGCCACAAUCAAAGUCCUUUUUCAGUUCGUGUGGCAGCUUGCACAAGCUAAGCGAGGAGCCCCUGGUUCCUCCUCCACUUCCUCCUCGCAAGAAGGUUGAUCCGGAUUCUUCUGCUUCGAAGGGCGGUUCCAAAUCCGACGACGAUCCUCCUGCCAUUCCACCCCGGCAGCCCCCUCCUCCAAAGAUCCAGCCACGAGUCCCAGCGUACGCCGGUCUGCUAGAACAGCCGCUACAGAGCCCUCCCCCACCCCCUCCAAGAGACCCUCUUCCUGACACCCCCCCUCCGGUACCUCUUCGUCCACCCGAGCACUUUGUGAACCUCACGUUCCACCUCCAGCCGCCGCCCGUGGGACGCUUCCACAGGGAUCCCGACCGGCUCCGGGAAGCCAGCACGGGCCCGAGCUCCCCCAGCACUCCUCCGAGCACACCGUCACCUCGCAUACCGCGUCGCUCGUGCGCCCCCAGCCCGAGCCCCAACAGCCUGGCGGCUCCUCCGGUCCCCCCGCGCCAGAAUUCCAGCCCUCAGCUACCGAAACUGCCACCAAAGACUUACAAGAGGAAACUCUCCCACCCUCCCUUGCACAGACACUCUUCGCUGGAGAAUGCCGAAACGCCUCAAUGUAGUCAUUGACACUGGAAUCUUAGCUGUAAAGUUCUGAUUGUCGUCUUAAUUUAUUCCGACGAGGCCACCUAUAUUUUACUACUACGAACCAGCACUGCCAAGAUCAAACGUGCUGCUAACGGAGGCUGAUGCUCGGGGAUCGGAGCAGCCGCCACCAGCCCGCCUCUUCUCCUCCUCCACCAAUCAGCCCGGCCGCGUUAUCCUCAGGGGAUCAGCAACGCCGCCUUCUCCUCAUCCGUUCAGUGCCGACCGUUUCGCCAGUCCGAAGAGCCUGGAGUUUGCACUGUAACCACAACACUAACGUGAAUUUUUUUUUUGAAACUGACAUCCGUUUAUUGCACUGAGCCAGACAGUUCGCUGGGUGGGGAUUCCCCUCCCCGCCCACAUCGGAGCACAAGCGGCCUUUUCUACACGUGCGUUUUUUCCCCCCCCCCCCCCCAAGGUCACCAUUCACAGGACUCCGGCGAGCGAGUGUCGCUGAAAGGAAUGGAACCCCUGCUGCGCUCUCGAUUCGCUCGAUUCGUUUCCAUGGAGCUUGUCCGGAAGCGGUUCCGACAGAUCGUGCCUAGAAGGGGUGGGGUUUCCACCCGGGCGUGAAGACCGCAGAUGAGGCUACUGAUUUUUCCCCAAGACCUCGUCGCCCUCCUUGCCUUUCAGAAAAAUUGUCGCGCGGUUUUAAGAGGCUCGUGAAUGGCAUUCUUGCUGUCCUCGGACGGCGGUCGAUAACCAUUGUCUUAAUUUCCAUUGAUUUCUUUUUUGCUGCUGAAGAUAAUGAGAAUGGGAAAGCGAUAGUUAACCUUCGGAGUGCAUCGUGGAACACUGGGCUGGGCGGGCGGAGCGGGAGCGAGCCUCGCCCAACCCAGUCAUCGAACGAGUAUUUAGCAUGCGUUACGUUCAGUUGUGCCUUGUUUUCAUUGGGGCAGCCAGAGGUGUCUUAAGCUAAAACGUUGCCUGCAGUUUUUGGUGAACAAAGCUAGUGCGUCAUAUUAUGUACAGUUGUUUAUAGUGUAUAUUUACAGAUUAAUAACCUGUAUACAUUUCUGCGACUGGAGGCUUAUCUGCAGUCUAACUCCUGCUCCCCGUUCACGGUUGUGUUUCCUUAUACACAGGAGAGCAUUUUUUGCCUUCUAGGACACAACUGAAUGGACUUUUCUUUAAAAAAUCUCAUUUCAGUUUCAUUACAGGGGUCCCGUUUUGGAAACUGGCCACGAUGUCAACCAGCAAGCCCCCAACAGCUUUAUUUUGGUUUUUUUUUUUCAGAAAAUGUAAACCGCGGGGGAGACAUUCUCUCGCCCAUAGAGCAAUGCCACUUUCUUUAGUUGAAGCUGGCACAGAGAACACGUGCCUCGUCUGAGUACUGUAGAAUCCAAAAGCCUUUUUUCCCCCUGAACUGCUCUGUGGCCUUUUACUGUGCUUUGUAUCAGAGUUCUUAACCAGAUUAAUAAAUCAACCCGGUCUUAAUUUUUAAAAA